AUGGCAAAGCUGCCAUUCAAGCAUUCAAAUAGAAAUAGGAUUUAUGGGAGGAUCAUCAAAGAGAAAGUGAAGCUUCCACCACGCCAUAGCAUUGAAGCUCACUCUUUGCUCAAAGGAUUUGUGCAAAAGGGCCCAUUGAAAAUGAUAGGGAGCAGACCCAGGGGAGGAGAUGAGAUCAAAAGCAAUAGAUGA